AUGCGUCCUUUAGUACUGAUGCUAUUUGCUCUCCUUUUCAUUACUAUAACAAUUGAUUUCAGUUGUGGCAGUACUACUAUCCAGUCAAAUGUAAGCUGCCUGGAGAAUGAGAGACAAGCUCUCAUCGGCUUCAAGGAAAAUCUCACAGAUAAAGCACACCGCCUACGGUCGUGGGUCGGAAAAGACUGCUGCACAUGGAAAGGAGUCGGUUGCAGCUGGAGAACAGGCCAUGUCAUCAAGCUUGAUCUUCGCAACCCAAUUCGCAACCCAACUCUCGACCCAAUUAAAUCUGAAACUAGUUCCGAUGAUGACAAUAUCAAAAAUUACCGAAUCAACCAGCUGGGAGGUGAGAUGAGUCCAUCUUUAGUCGACUUGAAGCAUUUGAGUUAUCUAGAUCUGAGCGAGAAUGACCUCUCCGCCUCCGGUCCAUAUGUUUUAUGUAACCUGAGCAGUCUUGUUUAUAUGGAUCUCAGCGGUAAUAGCCUUCAGGGUUCAGUUCCUUGUUGCUUUGGGAAUCACACUUCUCUUUCCAUCCUCAACUUGAGUUGGAAUGAUUUCAAAGGUCCACUUCCAAGUUGCAUGGGCAACAUGACUCAACUAACGGCGCUUGAUCUCUCUAUGAAUACGUUCAAUGGUGAAAUACCUAACUCUUUGAGGAACCUCCGCAGCUUGCGUGUACUUGAUUUGUCCGGAAAUGAGUUAAGUGGAGAGAUUUCAUCGUCUGUGGUGGGUGAGUUUAAGAAUCUAGAGCGUCUUGUUAUUUUUAAUAAUAACUUUUCUGGUCCACUACCUUCGUCACUUGGAAGGCUGUCAUAUUUGAGAGAGUUGGAUGCUGGCUUGAAUCAAUUGAAUGGGAGCAUUCCAGUAGGUGAGUUUAAGAAUCUAGAGCGUCUUGUUAUUUCUGAUAAUUUCUUUUCUGGUCCACUGCCAUCAUCACUUGGAAAGCUAUCGUAUUUGAAAGAGUUGGAUGCUAGCUCGAAUCAAUUGAAUGGGAGCAUUCCAGUAGGUGAGUUUAAGAAUCUAGAGAGGCUUGUUAUUCAUGAUAAUUUCUUUUCUGGCCCACUGCCUUCAUCACUUGGAAGGCAGUCGUAUUUGAGAGAGUUGUAUGCUAGCUCGAAUCAAUUGAAUGGGAGCAUUCCAGUAGGUCUCGGACAACUUUCCAAUCUACAAUGGCUGGAUUUGUCGCAGAAUCAACUGAAUGGGAGCAUUCCAGUAGGUGAGUUUAAGAAUCUAGAGCAUCUUGUUAUUUAUAAUAAUAACUUUUCUGGUCCACUGCCUUCAUCACUUGGAAGGCUGUCGUAUUUGAGAGAGUUGGAUGUUAGCUCGAAUCAAUUGAAUGGGAGCAUUCCAGUAGGUGAGUUUAAGAAUCUAGAGCGUCUUGUUAUUCAUAAUAAUAGCUUUUCUGGUCCACUUCCUUCAUCACUUGGAAGGCUGUCGUAUUUGAGAGAGUUGGAUGUUAGCUCGAAUCAAUUGAAUGGGAGCAUUCCAGUAGGUCUCGGACAACUUUCCAAUCUACAAAUGCUGGAUUUGUCGAACAACUCAUUAGAUGGCAAUGUAUCCGAACAACACUUCACCCUUCUCACGAGUCUAAAGGAACUCCGCUUGUCUUCCAACGCAUUGGUUAUAAAUGUUAGCUCCCAAUGGGUUCCUCCUUUUCAACUCCAGCUCCUAUAUGCGGCGUCCUGCACUCUAGGACCUCAAUUUCCUCAGUGGCUUCAAACGCAGAGACAUGUUACACACUUGAAUAUGUCUAAUGCAAGCAUCUCGGAUAUCAUGCCCGAUUGGUUCGAGCUGAUGUCUUCUUGCAUUUGGCUCUUGGAUAUAUCCAACAACCAUAUCAGAGGGAAGCUGCCAAAAUUUCAAAUGAAAUGCAAUGAUUCUGGUAGUUUUGUUGGCAGGAUGUUGAUAUUGAGUUCUAACAAGUUUGAUGGCCCGUUAUCGGCAUUUCCGUCAUCUACUUUUGGACUAGAUCUCUCCAACAACUUGUUUUCAGGAGCUAUUCCCGCGGGCGAUUAUGAUAAGAUCCAAGUUCUUUUUCUCUCAAAUAACAACUUUAGUGGUGGCAUUCCUAUGUCUUUGUGCAAUGCAGAGGGAAUUUACGUUGUUGACUUGUCAAAAAACCGUUUAUCAGGAAAAAUUCCUCGUUGCUUGGGGAACUUGGGUCGUAUAUUUGUGCUAGACUUAUCGAGCAACAAUCUACACGGUCAGAUUCCAAGUUCUUUGGGUUUCCUACAGACACUUCAAUAUUUACACUUGCGUAACAAUAGUUUUCAUGGGGAGCUUCCUUUGUCCUUGCAGAAUUUGACGGAUAUGGUCACCCUUGAUCUCAAUGAAAAUGCAUUCACUGGUGUUAUUCCGCGUUGGAUCGGAGAUAAGUUACAUAAUCUGGUCAUCCUCAGUCUUCAAUCAAACAAUUUCUAUGGUGGUAUUCCCGUAGAACUCUGCCAUCUAUCUGCUCUGCAAUUGUUAAACUUGGCACAAAAUAACGUAACUGGAGAUAUUCCAAGUUGUUUUCACAACUUCACUACCAUGGCAGUAUCGGAACAUGGCAAUUCUGAGUAUCAGGGCGAAUACCAACCGGAAAUCAACUUCAGACCCUCGACGAUCAGUCUAUUUACGUGGGAAAUGACGGGCUUUGCGGAGCGCCACUAACGAAGAGUUGCCCCGGUGAUGAAUCAGCUGAUGAUGGUGAUCGUCAAGUACUUGUCAAUGAGGGUGAUAGGGACGAUGAUGAUGAUGAACUAAUGUGGUUCUAUGCUGGUAUUGGACCUAGCUUUGUGGUGGGACUCUCGGGAGUUUUUUGCACUUUGUAUUUCAAGAGGAAAUGGAGGUAUGCAUACUUUCAGUUGAUCGAAGAUGCCUAUGAUAGGAUAUUUGUAGCCAUAGCAGUGAAGGCUAAUUGGCUGAGGCGGAAGUUUCACCCGCAGAGGUAGAUUGGGAGAGAGAGAUCAAUCAAUCAAUAUCUCUCUCUCUCUCUCUCUCUCUCUCUCUCUCUCUCUCUCUCUCUCUCUCUCUCUCUCUCUCUCUCUCGUACUAUGCAUGUGAGGAUAAAGCUUAUCAACCCCAGUUAAUUGGGACGUAAGGCUUUGAUUGGUUUGAUUUGGUUUUGUUUUGUGUUGUGUUGUUAGGCAAACCUGAUAAAUGUUGCUUCCGUAUUCAAGUCCUUGAACCUCCUCAUGUAAGGAAAACUAAGGAUGCUAGUGAAUUUGUUUGUGUUUA